GCUCCUAGUCCAUACCAAAUAACCUAUAAUACUCUUAAAAAACUACCCUUUAUUACUCUACAAGCAUUGGAAAAAGCAUUCAAUCUUAUUUGGGCACAAGCUGACGUUCCUAAUGAAUGGCAAAAGGCAUUAGUAUUGCCAAUACCUAAACCUGUUAAAACAAAAACCAAUCCUGAAAAUUAUAGACCUAUCUCAUUAACAAUUACCCUCUGUAAAGUCUUUGAAAAAAUAUUAUUAAAUAGGUUG